AUGUCAGCGGUGAUGAGCACGCUGUCUAUGAUUAGCGGCGGACGGCGAGCGCAUCGCAAGCUCACCUCCAGUAAUCGCAAAUCUGGCCAGUUCUCUGACGUCGGCGAGGACCGCUCCCGAAGCCAACAUGACCUCAACAAGCAACAGCGAUCUGCUUCGCUGCAAACCCUGGAGGCGGGCGGGGUCAACAACCUCGAGACCCUGGAGGCCAAGAUGGCGAGUAUAGAAGUCUCGUUGGCGGGAUCGCGACGAAGGAGCGCAGGCGCACGUGACGUCACACGGGAACUCGACGCUCUGCGGACAGCGCUCACCGACAAAGACUCGCUUAUACAAAGUCUCAAGAAGCAAUUGUCGGCUUCUCUAAGUGCGGCGAGACUCGCAGCCCAGGCGCAAUCCCCCACGGCAUCGCGGGCCAGCUCCCAUGAGGAAUCCAGUCCAACUUUGUCCGUUGAUGAACGGAAAGCCCUGGAAGAGCGCGCCAAUGCUGUCAAGAACGACCUGGAUACCAGAAAGGCUAACAUACAGGAACUUAGAAGACGGCUUGAGAAAACACAUGUUACAGAAAACAUCGACACGCGCAUCCAACAGGCGGAGCUGCAGUACAAGUUGGGCCGUGAGGAGCUGGAUCUGCUGACGUUGAGUGAGCAAGCACGUGCGCUCGCGCAGCUCAUUGAACAAGCCGAUGCAGCCUCCAGCAGGAACCAGCGUACCACUUUAUACAGUGCGGUACGAGACAGCGGUGGGUGUGCAUCGUUAGUGACGGCGGAGCUUCGCGAAGGCUCGUGGGGCGCAGCGCCUCACGGUAACGGCAUGGUCAUCGAGUGGCCAGGCGACAACGCAACCUUGAAGGCUGGAGAUCGGUUAAUAGAAGUGAACGGCGUACCUGUGAUAGGUUGCCACAGCCAAGAGGAACUCCAGCGGACAAUAAGCACCACCAACCCUGCGCGUGUUGUACUAUUGCGCAGCGGCAACAGCCGUACAGAACAGCCAACCACAAAGCAACAAAAUGGAUUCACUCAGAAUGAAGCCACUUCUCUUCGAGCAGAGCUGGGUUCUCUAAGAGCAGCCGCAGAAGACGCAGAAAAGGCGAAAGAAGAUCUGCGCGCUGACAACACAAGGCUCACGCAUAGAAUCUCAUACCUCGAGGAACAGGUUGCCGAAUUGCUCAGCAGACAUCCGCAGCUGCACUCUGUGAGCAGUAAUGACAGUUGCAUCACAGUUAACAAGUCAAAGAAGAACGUGACCAAUAUCAACAUCACCACGGAUCCACAGAACCACAAGCCCAGUCCAAAAUCAGAAGUUCAAGUCUUCCAGAAAGGUCCUGAUAUAACAGCAAUCGUGGCCAAGCUCCCCGGUUUGAACGGAGUUGAAUCAAAUUUGCCGUUGAUAAGACCAAGGUCAAAUGCAUCAGGAGCAUCGUCCAGAGCAGCUGUAUCCCCAAGGGCAUCACCACCUCUAAAUCACAGAUCGCACAGUUCUCACAGCCUAGAACACAAGGCAGAACGGAUGCGUCAUUCUUUAUCUCAUCACUGUAUUCAUGAAGGUAUAGACUAUAGCGCCGAAACAGACGCAGCCAUUCGUAUGAUUGAGAGAAACCAAAGACAUAUAGAAAAACAACGUAUGAAGAAUGAAAGACUAAACAGAUCAAAGUGCGAUGACUACUUUAGGUCAGAUAGUGAUUUAGAGAUGCGAGAAAUACAUUCCACACCAAGCGUUGACCCAAGACAUUACGAGAUCAAGAAAGCAGCGAACAGGAUUGAAGAAAGUAUCAAAAAGACGAACUGGGCUGAGAGAAAAACGCUUUCUAUUAUUGAACAGCUCAAGCGAUCGCAAAGGUUACGUAAGAUGAAGAAGAAUGAAAGCUCAGAAGACAUUCAGUUGGACUCUGAAAGACAUUACAUGUACCACAGAAUAGACGGCAAAGUUUUAGAGAACGCCCAUAAAUCUAGCAGGAGAACUUCGAAAAUACAAUCUCGAAGUGCCAAGUCUUCAGAGUUUGAAUCCGAAUCAGAUUUUCCAAAUGGAGACAUAUAUGGCAGCUCACCAAGGAUAGAUUAUGGCUCUGAGACGUGCUCAAGAGUGAGUCACUAUAAAAAAAACGACGAUCGGAAGGAAAAUGAUUACAAAUCACGACCAACGCCUCCUCGAAAGCCUUUACGUCUCUCCCUUCACAAAGCUCGAAGCGCACAUUCUCUAAUAAACGGCAGCGAAUCCGAAACGCCGAGUAGACCACCUUCAGAAGCAAAGCAGACUGAUUCAGAAUCAUGUAAUAAGAGGCCGGUGAAAAGAACACACGCUGGAGACAAGUGGGCAAAAGAAAGAAUCAGGGAUGCUAGCCGUGCUACGCCACGACCGACGAGGAAGUUACUCAACGGUCUUAGUGCUUGCGAAACACCAGCUGCUGAUGACUUAUACCCUGAACACACACAUAUGCCUGUGAGGAUCAAUGGCGUAGCUAGCAAAUGGUGCUAG